GUGUUUGGUCGCCGUUCUCAGCUCGGCCUCAAGAAGAGCAAGAAGGAUGGGAACCGGAACGAGAAAGAUGCCAAGGCGAAGGUGGGUGAGCCAACAAAGUUGGUUCGAAAGAAGAGCCUGCGCCGCGACCGUAGCCGGCUCGUGAACAAGAAGAAGAAGGCCUCGCGAGCUCCUAAGAGGCCAACAUGCCAAGGCCACGACUCUCGCGGAGGCAAAAACUUCCUUCUUGACAAACGAAACUGGCGCUCGGUGCUUAGCAGCGGUGCCCCCUAG